AUGGCAAUCGAGGCAACAGUUCCCCAACCGCACAUCAACCUCCAGCGAGGCUGGCCAUCACCUCAUCUUCUACCAGCCAAAGCCCUCCUUGCAGGUGCAGAUGGAGUCUUGUCAAACACCGCUCGAGCAACAGAUGUCAUGCUCUAUGGCCCCAACAUUGGAGAUCCAGCUCUCCGUAAAGACAUCGCAGAAUGGCUGUCGCGAUUGUACUGCCUACGCUCACCCCAAGCACAAAUCCAGAAGCUUCGCAGCCGGAGCCAAUUACCUCGGAGCGUAUUUGCAUCACAAACGGCGCAUCGGGGAAUCUAUAGGCUCUUUUGUCUGGUUUUACGGAUCCAGUCAUGCACGAUUUUCGAAGACGCGGGCUUCCAGGGCCGUCUAACCGGAGUCCCAGAAGGUGAUGACGGUGUGGACGUGGAAUUUUUGAGAGCACGAAUCAAUGAUGUUGAUGAAGAAGCUGCAAAAUCAGGUGCAGAUGCGCAAGAGACCACUUUCAAGAACUCACCUCAAUAUCCCAAGCUGUACCGACAUGUCAUUACCUCGUUCCCACGUUCAGCAAUCCAAGCGCGAAAACAUACACACUCGCGCGGCGAGAGGCUUUGGUUAAACUGGCUCGGGAGUGGUUUCACCGGACACUCGAAAUCUGCUUCGAUGCCACCUCCGCCACCGCCCAGAUUGAUUGACGUUGACAACUCACUACCCGGGGGAGAUCUCAAAUGGGGAAAUGCUGUAAGUAAUGGGUCAUUCUCCAAGGUGCUUGGACCGGGAAUGCGAUGUGGUUGGGCUGAGGCGACACCGGAUUUCAUUACACGUCUAAACCUGGUGCUCCAGGUCAAUUCUCGUCGACCACUGAUCGAACACGUUCUCCGGACAGGCAAUAUGGAAGACCAUAUACGACAAGUUCUAGUGCCAACAUAUAAGGCUCGCUGUGCAAUCGUGCAACAGGCGAUUGAAGAGUACCUCGGGCCAUUAGGUGGAAAUAUUGAUAUUGGAAGACCUUAUAACCUACCUGCAGGCAAUGAGACCGAGCAAGUUAUGGGAGGUUUCAUUAAUAUCACAUUUCCCGAGGGCAUAGCUGCGGAUGACGUUGCGGCUGUUUCGUUGAAAGAUUAUAACCUUAGGUUUCUUGCUUCAGGGGCUAUGAGGGUUAGGGGCAGUAGUGGAAUGAGUAAUGAGGCUCUGUUGAGUAGAGGUGCAAGACUUUGUUGGGCAUGGGAGGAGGAAUAUAUGCUCAUUGAAGGUGUGAAAAGAAUAGCUAGUGUCUUGAAGGAAAAAUUCCUUGUUUCUUAA